AUGUAAAUUAAUAGAAAUCAAUUCAUUAAAGUAUUUGACUUUUAAAUUUAUAUCUAAGUUUUUAGUUGCUUCUGACAAUCAUCUUGGAGCAAAUGAAAAUGUGGGACCAAAAUCAAAUAGAUAUUAAGAUGCUUUUGAAGCAUUUGAAGAAGUCCUUUAAAUAGCUACAUAAUAAAAUGUUGAUUUUGUUAUUUUGGGAGGGUAAAUAACAUUAUUUAAAUUUUAAGAGAUUUAUUUCAUGAGAAACAUCCAACAGAACAUUGUUUAUUGAAAUGUGUUGAUAUACUUUAAAGACAUGUAUUUGGAGAUAAUUUUGGAGGAAUUUAAAUGGAACUCAAUUCACUUAAUUAUUAGCCUAAUUUUAGUUGUUCUAAUUUUAAUAUAUAAUUACCAAUUUUUAUAAUAAAUGGUAAUCAUGAUGAUAUUGUUACAGAAAGAAAUGAAAGUGUAUCAAUUUUAGAUAUAUUACAUGAAUCUAAAUAUUUAAAUUAUAUAGGAAAAAUAACUGAUUAAUCUUAUGUUUGUAUUAAACCAAUUGUUCUUGUUAAAAAUAAUUAAAAGAUUGCACUCUAUGGUUUAGGUUACAUGAAGGAUUAUUAAUUACAUAAAAUAAUUAAUGAUGGUAAAUUAGUUUUAGAAUCAUUAAAUGAAAAUAAUUUCAAUAUAUUAAUUAUUCAUUAAAAUAAAUAUAAAGGUAAUCAUUUUCAAGAUGAAAAGAACUUUAUUGAUCCAAUUUAUUUUAAAAAUUAUAAAAUUGAUCUAUUAAUUUGGGGUCAUGAACAUGAAGCGUAUAUAUUCAUUUUAAUUAUUAUAGUAUUUAUACUUUAGAUACAUGUGAACAUUUUUAAGUGUUUUAUCCUGGAAGUACUGUAGCAACAUCAAUUAUAGAAUAUGAAUCUCUAAUUAAAUAAGCAGGUUUAUUUACACUUACAUAGAAUUAAAUGAAAUUUGAAAGCAUUAAAUUAGAAAAAAGUUAUAGACCUAUGAUUUAUAAAAAUAUUGAAUUAAAUGAAUUAAUCAAAAUAAGUGAUAAUAAUUUAAAGAUUAGUAAUUAAGAAUUAGCUGAAAAAUUAUUAUUUGAUUUUGUAGAAAAAGAAUUAAUUAAUUAUUAUUAAACUAGUUAAUAUAGAUAGAAAAAACCAUUACUUAGAAUUAAAGUAGAAUAUUCUGGAUUUGAAUUAAUGAGGAUGAGAUAUAUUGAGACUAAAUUUGCAGAUAGAGUCUCAAAUCCAGAUUAAAUAUUUAAAUUUUGGGAAAAAAAAUCAAAUCUACAAGCAUAAAUACAAAAAAGAAUAGAAUAAGCAUAAUUACUUAAUCAAUAAUUUGAUAAUAUAUUAAGAAAUAAAGUAGAUAUUAAUUCUCAGAAUCAAACUAUGAUGAAUGAUUUCACAAAUAUGGUAUAUAUUUAUAUUCUAUUUUAGUUAUCUCAAAAGUUAUAUCAAUAAAAUUUCUAAAUUAUUGAAUAAGGAGAUUUCUUAAAUAUAUUAGAUAACUUUUUAUCAUCAACUAAUAAGGAAAAGUCAAAUUUAUUUAAUGAUUUAUAUCCAAAGACUAUAGAAAAGUUUAAAGAAAAAAUAAUUCCUUAAUAUAAUAAUAGAAUAUUAUAAAUUGUAAAAAAGUAGAGAGAACAUUAAGAAUCAAUUAUAUUUUUAAUACGUGAUGCAAUUAUAAAAAACUUUGAAGGUAAAACAAAAUAAGAAUCACUUUAUUGUACUGAUUUUGCUAAUGAUAUAAGCUAAAUAUUUAUAAAAUUUUAAGAAGAUUUUAGAAUUGAAUCAUCUAGAGCUAGUAUCAAUUAAACUAAUAAAUUAAAUAAUAAUAGUUUAUAGAUAAUGCCAUCUAAAUAGAUUUAAUAAUCCAAAUAAUAAGAAAAUAGUUAAUUAGGUCCAUUCUUAAUAGAAGAAGAUGACACCUUCCCUAGAUAUGGUUAAACAUAAGCAAGUUUAUUUGAUUAAGAUUAAUAAGAGGAGGAAGAAGAGGAGGAAAAGAAGGAUAACAAAGGAAAGAAAGGUGCUAAAAAAAGAAAACCUAUGAAAAAAGAUUAAGAUGUUGUAAAUUUGGAUAAUUAAUAAAAAUAAAGAAUAUAAUUAUAACCAUAUAAGAUUGGAAUGAAUAAAUUUUUUUGA